UCCUCUCCUUCCAGAAGGGGGGGAGCGCGAGAAAAGAGAGGUUAGGCUUGUGCUCUCGCGCGGCGAUGGCGGCGAUAAAGGGCCUGGGUAGGAAUAUUCCCUACCUGAGGCAACAGGCUGCGGCCCUGCUCGGUAACACUAGCACCAGCGUGAAAUUCAUCUGCGUGGUGGUGCUCGUAUCCUAUUGCCUGUCCUACUCCGAGGAGGCGGUGCGCAUCCUGAGCGUGACGCCAGGUUACCUGCUGCCGCCGGUCUUCUGGUUCUGGACGGCCUUCAGCUUCUGCUUCCUCGAGAUACACUUCUGGGAGGUGUGCGUGGACGUCGUCACCGUCGGGCUAUGCGGCAAGCUGAUCGAGCCCCUCUGGGGCGCCUUCGAGAUGAUGACGUUCUUCGCCAUCGUCAACUUCGGCGUCGCCGUGCUCUCGGCGCUCUUCUACCUGUUUCUCUACAUGUGCACCAGCAACCCGGAUAUGCUCUUCAGCAUACACAUACACGGCUUGACCGGCUACAUCGCAGGAGUCGCGGUGGCGGUGAAGCAAAUAAUGCCAGAUCAUAUCUUAAUCAAGACACCCAUUGGGAAGAUAACGAAUAGAAAUAUACCUUUAAUGGUAUGGAUCGUGGGACUGAUAUUAUGGCUCGUCGGAUUACUAGAGGGUACUCAUCCCACCAUGUUUCUCAGUGGAUUGUUGAUAUCUUGGGUAUACUUGAGAUUUUAUCAGAAGCAUAAUAAUGGCACUCGAGGCGAUAUGGCGGACAAUUUCACAUUUGCAAGUUUUUUUCCAAAUGUCUUGCAACCACCGAUAGCAGUGGUGAGUAACACUAUACACGGAUUUUUCGUGCGGAUCGGACUGUGCCGGAAAGUAGUUAGAAGAUUUGACAUGUCCAACACGCCGCCUGGCCUGGUUAUCAAUCUUCCUGGUAUUGAUCCUCACGAUAGCGAACGACGACGGCAAAUAGCGUUGAAAGCGUUGAGCGAGCGAUUAAGCAGAGAUCACGCGAAACCUUGGCAACCGGACAGGGCUAAGAAACACUCCCCAGUGCCUCCCGCGGUUUCCAUACCGAUACCUGAAUCCACCACACCGAAACCACUCGCGUCUCCACUCAUUCCACAAGUCAAUGUCAAUAUACAUAAUCAUCCCUCUAGCAGUAGCACGUGAUUAUACGAGACUGACUGAUUUCAAUAGGUUUACAAAUUACAUUGAAAAGCUUCUAAAGAUUAAACAUAAGUGUAAAGCCCAGGCUUAUCAAUAUGGCUAUAUUCAAUAAUGGGUGCAAUCUUAUUUUUUAAAAUAAUUUAAAUUAUAUAUCUGUAGAGAGAGAGAGAGAGAGAGAGAGAGAGAGAGAGAGAGAGAGAGAUAGAAUGUGUUACUACUAUAAUUUAAGCAUUAAAAUUUUUUCAUGGAGUGAGUUAAAUUUCAUGAAAACUUAAUGUACGAUUCAAUUCAUUAACAGUUAUUUGAACACAGUAAAUCUUAUUCUCAUAAUAUUUACACUUGUUGAAACAAUAGAAUGUCAUAAAAAAAACUUCUUGAACUUCAGUUUUCGAAAUCUGAAAAUUUAUAAGACUUUAAUGCCACUAUACUAUAAUUGCUAUCUUUUUUUAUUAUUAUUGGAAAUUAUUGGAAAUGUGAGUUGCAACUAUUUUUUGAUCUUUCUUUAUGUGAAAAGAAUUGAUAUUAAUUUUACAAUGAAUUAAAUAUGAAAAAACUUCCUGAUUAGAACAAAAAUUAAUAUACUGCCAUU